UCGAAGAAAUCAUUGAUUAUUUUACAGUUUAUUAAUAUGGUUUUUAAAACUCUUUGAAAGUAUCCACAAAAUGACAGACGCUGAGGUGUGCAAACUAUGCAAGGGUAACCGCGCAACCGAGAUCGAUCUUGAGAAGCCACAUUUCAAAUCGGUCAACAAACUGUUGCAAAGACUGUUCGAUUGGUACAAAAUUGAUGUUGCCAUUCUGGGAGAAAAUUCUUGCAUCUGCGAGCUCUGUUUUGAGGACGCUUUGCGUAUAAGCGAAUCCCUCGAGAAAUGGAGCAUGGCCCAGGAAGAGAUCCGCGACAAGCCCAUUGAAAUAGACGACUCCACUGCGUUUCAGGUCAAGUUGGAGUUUCCAGCAUACGAAGAAGAGGUGGAAUCAGUCGAGAAAGAUGAGAAAUCUACUAAUCAGUAUAUUGCGGAGCCAGAGAAGGAAGACAAUGAUCUAUCUGGUAAAAAGGAGCAUAUGGAAUUUGAUGUACAAGAACCUUUGAAGCCCCCGUCCGAGGAUUUCUUCAGCGUGGGAUUGGCCCGCGAUGGCUUGGCGGUCACCAAGUUCUUCAAGGACAAGACCCAAGCCACCCGGAUGCUGUGCACCUGUUGCGGCCAGGUGCUCGAAAUCCUGGCCCACAUCCGCAUGCACUGUGCCAAACCCCGCCCGAAUCCGGUCUACUAUUGCCGCGAGUGUGGUUCAAAGUUCUCCAAACUUUGCGAGCUACAGGAGCACAUGAAGACGAUGGGACACCUCAAGACGAAGUGUGGCGGAAGGGAUUUGGAAUUCCUGUGCCUGAGAUGCAACCAGAUAUUCCCACGAUAUUUUGACGUUAUCCGCCACGACAACAGCGCCCACAGGCUAUCGGAGUACAUGUGCGUGGAGUGCAACGUGUCCUUCGUUUACCAAGGAUCCUACGAGAAGCACCUGCGGAACCACGGUGUCGAGCAGCAAGUUUACGAGUGCCCUUAUAAGGACUGCGUUUCAAGAUUUCGGGUGUGGACGCGAUUAGUGUCGCACAUGAGGUGGCACAAGGGGCGGAGUUCCCAGUGCCCCUUUCCUGGAUGCAAUAGCAAAUUACCGUCCUGGAAUUACCAUACUCACAUGCGUUCACACUCACAGCAAGGUCGACUCAAUCGGGAGGGGAAGUUUAUGAUCCUGGAUCCUAUGAAACGCGUAGAACCGGAUCGACGAAAGGUUCCCUACGGCAAACGACACUUGGUUUUCACUGAAGCCCAGACGCUUUGUUCUUCCAACGGAGGAGAGUUUAUCAGCCUGCCCAAGGAACUUUCCCUGCAGCAGGGAAAAUACAUUAAUGUUGGGGAUAAUCAAAGCGCGUAGUUACCAACUAGGUUGGAAAAUAGGAUAUGGCCAUAUUUGGUCAUUUAUACUCAGAUUGCAACUUUAAGUAGAACUUUGUUAAUAUGAGUAAGCUAUUAUUAUCAGUCUCGUUGUUGAGUCUGUGACAUUCUUCAAGGAUAAACGUCAAAUGAAAUUUUCCAUCCCAACAAAAA